AUGUUUAGAAAAGCUUUCUUAAAUACAAGGUAUCUUCCAAGAAACUCGUUUAGCCUAAGCCUAAAUCAAACCCGUUUUAUCUCUACAGAGAUCAAGAACGCCAUAACUGAAGCGAUUAAUGCUUCCCCCGUUGUGCUUUUCAUGAAAGGAACACCAGAGUUCCCGCAAUGUGGAUUUUCUCGUGCUACGAUCCAAACAUUGGGCCAACAGGGUGUCGAUCCAGCCAAGUUUGCUGCUUACAACGUUUUGGAGGAUGCUGAAUUACGUGAUGGAAUUAAAGAGUUUAGCUCCUGGCCCACGAUUCCACAAUUAUACGUGAAUGGUGAAUUUGUUGGUGGGUGUGAUAUUGUGAUGUCAAUGGCUCAAAGUGGCGAGUUAGCCGAGUUUUUGGAAAAAGAAGGUGCAUUAAUUCCAGAGGAAAAUGAUGAUGUGCAAAGCGCCGAAGUCAAACCUAGACGCGAUUAG